AUGGAGUGGAAGGCUGAUUUCCUAGCCAGAAAAGGUACCACCACUCUCCAAAGGUCAAAGGCUCUGUUGGCCUUUCAUUCAGCAAAACGAAUGAUAAAACUAGAAUCUAACAAAGACAAACUACUGCUUAAUAAUUAUGCAAAGGAUAAAAUCUGGGAGUGUCUGGCUUCCAUUAUUCUGGAUUUUCCUCGAGCCUCUGCUGUUACGAUGUUUCGUCUUUUAACUGGACAUGACUGUCUUUUUGCUCACUUGUUUAAAGUUGGACUAAGCAAUUAUCCUAAUCGUAUUUUAUGUAACUCUAGACAAACUAUGAACUGGGAACAUUUAGACACAUGCACUGCAUUUUAUUCUUUUAACUCUGUUGUACAAAAAUACUGGGAAGCUAGAAGGCCAAUGGCUUAG